AUGGCUUUCCAACAAAUCGCAUUGAAUAUAAUCCGGUGUUUAGUAAAACUUGCCAAGGCGGUUCAAAAAGCUGUACAAAUAGCUAUUGGUCUAAAUGUAAAAGAAAGAAAAAUAACAAACCAUUCGAACAGGUCAACUGCUGUUAGCGAAUUGGCAAAAAAUGGUGUGCAAGAACAACAAUUGCUGAAAAUUACUGGCCAUAGCAAUCCAAAUUCUAUAAAACCAUACCUAAACAUCGACCAAGAACACCACAAUAAGAUUAUAAAUACUAUGCGUGGUAAUAGAUCUUCUAUUGUAGAAAAAAAUAGCCAAUCUAAUGUUGCAUUCAAUGUGGUAUUCUUUAUCAUCACCUAUUUGGUUCCCAUUUUAUCCCUGACUUACACCUAUACCAAAAUAGGAGUUGAACUUUGGGGUUCCCAGAGUAUUGGCGAGUGUAGUCAGCGUCAAAAGGAGAACAUUAAAAGCAAAAGAAGGAGGGAAUACACAUUGAGUGCUGAAACGAGUGAAGCGCAAUUGGCAAACAUUAUGAAAGAUUACGCUUACAAUAUGAAGAAAAUGGAUGGAGAAGACUAUAAGGAAGGUACAAUAAAAACAAUGUGGAAUCAGACUGCCAAAUUACUUCAAGAAAAGUAUUUGAACGAUUUCGACAUCAAAAUCAACCCAUUUUCGGAUGCUGCAUUCAAGACCGCUCGAGGAGCUCGUGAUGCCAAGCGUAAGGCUUUACAAUCUAUUCCGGAAAAACGGAGGGCAAGUGCAGCAGCGUUGGAGGAAAAAGAUUGGGAUGCAAUGACCACUGUUUGGGACGAGGAAACUCCUGAUGGCCUCCAGAAAAAAUUAUUCAUGAUAAUAUCAGUGGAAUUGGCUUGGAGAGGUGGUGAGGGCAGCAUACAGAUACAGAGAACUGUCAAAAAAAAUAAUCCCCCGAAUACCACACGAGCUUCAAAAUUAUCUGGCAUUUCCCUCAAGGUUCCCUGCAAACAAAUAAAGUCGUCAAGUUUUUCAGGAAAAAUCACUCGCGCUUCGCGCUCGUGAUUUUUUAACCUGAAAAACUUGACUCCUUCAUUUGUUUGCAACGAACCUAUCGGGAAAU